AUGGAUGGCGAGAUUUUCGAUAGCGAACCGAUGCUAGAGUGGGAACACUUAGGGACACACGGUGUCUUGUUGGGAAAACCGUGGUUGGCACGGUACAACCCUGCAAUCGACUGGAGAACACACCAAAUGACAUUCGCAGAGUCACUGGAGUGCCAAGAGGUGGAAGAAAACGAGCUCCGACGGAAGCUGAGACAAAAGGAGUAUGCUGAGUUUUUCCAUGUUAAUGUCCGAAUGGGAACGAUGCGGAAGAGAGGAGAAAAAAAACACGAAGCGAUGCCAGAGAUCAAGGUGCUGCUGGAGGAAUUCCAGGAUGUCUUUCCAGGACAUUUGCCAGACAAAUUACUGCCAAAGAAAAACGUGGAAAUCGAAAGUUAG